AUGGUGCUCAGUCUGAAUGUUAUUCUGUUCCUAACUUUGCAUCUUUUGCCUGGAAUGAAAAGUUCAAUGGUAAAUUUGAUUAACAAUGGGUAUGAUGGCAUUGUCAUUGCAAUUAACCCCAGUGUGCCAGAAGAUGAAAAACUCAUUGAAAACAUAAAGGAAAUGGUAACUGAAGCUUCUACUUACCUGUUUCAUGCCACCAAACGAAGAGUUUAUUUCAGGAAUGUGAGAAUUUUAAUUCCAAUGACCUGGAAAUCAAAAUCUGAGUACUUCAUACCAAAACAAGAAUCAUAUGAUCAGGCAGAUGUCAUAGUUGCUAACCCUUAUCUAAUACAUGGAGAUGAUCCCUAUACACUUCAAUAUGGAAGGUGUGGAGAAAAAGGAAAAUAUAUACAUUUUACUCCAAACUUCAUGUUGACCAAUAAUUUCCGCAUCUAUGGGUCCCGAGGCAGAGUAUUUGUCCAUGAGUGGGCCCAUCUCCGCUGGGGAAUAUUUGAUGAGUAUAACAUGGACCGGCCAUUCUAUAUUUCCAGAAAGAACACUAUGGAAGCAACAAGAUGUUCGACUCAUAUUACUGGUACUAAUGUGGUUUUCAAGAAAUGCCAGGGAGGCAGCUGUAUAACAAGGCCAUGCAGACGUGACUCACAGACAGGGCUGUAUGAAGCAAAAUGUACAUUCAUCCCAGAAAAAUCCCAGACUGCAAAGGAGUCCAUCAUGUUUAUGCAAAAUCUCCAUUCUGUGACUGAAUUUUGUACAGAAGAAACACACAAUACAGAAGCUCCAAACCUACAAAACAAAAUGUGCAAUGGCAAAAGUACAUGGGAUGUAAUCAUGAACUCUGUUGACUUUCAGAAUACAUCUCCCAUGACAGAAAUGAAUCCACCAGCUCAUCCUACAUUUUCAUUGCUCAUGUCCAAACAGCGGGUAGUCUGUUUGGUACUUGAUAAAUCUGGAAGCAUGUCCUCAGAAGACCGUCUCUUUCGAAUGAAUCAAGCAGCAGAACUAUACUUGAUUCAAGUUAUUGAAAAGGGAUCUUUUGUUGGGAUGGUUACAUUUGACAGUGUUGCUAAAAUCCAAAAUCAUCUAACAAGAAUAACUGAUGAUAAUGCUUACCAAAAGAUCACUGCAAAUCUGCCUCAAGAAGCUAAUGGUGGAACUUCAAUUUGUAGGGGGCUCAAAGCAGGAUUCCAGGCAAUUAUCCACAGUAACCAGAGUACUUCUGGUUCUGAAAUCAUACUAUUAACUGAUGGGGAAGAUAAAGAAAUAAAUUUAUGCUUUGAGGAUGUAAAACAAAGUGGUGUGAUCAUCCACACCAUUGCUCUGGGACCUUCUGCUGCCAAAGAACUGGAGACACUGUCAACUAUGACAGGAGGAUAUCGGUUUUUUGCCAAUAGAGACAUAAACGGCCUUACUAAUGCUUUCAGUAGAAUUUCAUCUAGAAGUGGAAGCAUCACUCAGCAGGCUAUUCAGUUGGAAAGCAAAGCCUUGAAAAUUACAGGAAGGAAAAGAGUAAAUGGCACAGUGCCCAUAGACAGUACAAUUGGAAAUGACACUUUCUUUGUUGUCACAUGGACAAUACAAAAGCCAGAAAUUGUUCUCCAAGAUCCAAAAGGAAAGAAAUAUAAAACCUCGGAUUUCAAAGAAGAUAAGUUAAAUAUUCGGUCUGCUCGUCUGCGAAUACCCGGCAUUGCAGAGACAGGUACUUGGACUUACAGCCUUCUAAAUAAUCAUGUCAGCCCUCAAAUGCUAACAGUGACAGUGACCACUCGAGCAAGAAGUCCUACUACACCCCCAGUAACUGCAACUGCUCACAUGAGUCAAAAUACAGCACAUUACCCUAGCCCAGUGAUUGUUUAUGCACAAGUCAGUCAAGGGUUUUUGCCUGUACUGGGAAUCAAUGUAACUGCCAUUAUAGAAACUGAAGAUGGACAUCAAGUAACAUUGGAGCUCUGGGACAAUGGUGCAGGUGCUGAUACUGUCAAGAAUGAUGGCAUCUACUCAAGAUAUUUUACAGAUUACUAUGAAGAUGGUAGAUACAGUUUAAAAGUACAUGCGUGGGCAAGAAACAACAUGGCUAGGCUAAAUUUAAGACAACAGAACAAAGCUCUGUAUGUUCCAGGCUAUGUUGAAAAUGGUAAAAUUAUACUGAACCCACCCAGACCUGAAGUCAAAGAUGACCUGGCAAAAGUUAAAAUAGAAGACUUUAGCAGACUAACCUCUGGAGGGUCAUUUACUGUAUCAGGAGCUCCUCCUCCUCCUGGUAAUCACCCUUCUGUGCUCCCACCCAGUAAAAUUACAGAUCUUAAGGCUAAGUUCAAAGAAGAUUAUAUUCAACUUUCAUGGACAGCCCCUGGCAAUGUCCUAGAUAAAGGAAAAGCUAACAGCUACGUUAUAAGAAUAAGUAAGAGUUUCAUGGAUCUCCAAGAAGAUUUUGACAAUGCGACUUUAGUGAAUACUUCUAAUCUAAUACCUAAGGAGGCCGGCUCAAAAGAAAAUUUUGAAUUUAAGCCAGAACCUUUUAGAAUAGAAAAUGGCACCAAAUUCUAUAUUGCAGUCCAAGCCAUCAAUAAAGCCAAUCUCAUCUCAGAGGUUUCUCACAUUGUACAAGCAGUCAAGUUUAUUCCUCUACCAGAAGACAGUUUGUUUAUUCCUCAAACAUAUCCCAGCCCUGGUGAAAGUCACUCAAAUCCCAGAGUUAACAUUUCUACUUUGAUGUUAUCAGUGGUUGGAUCUAUUGUAAUUGUUAGUGUUUUUUUAAGUGCCAUUAUUUGUAUUUUAAAGAAGAAAAGGAAUGCAAUUAGAUCAAGGACUGGAUUUUAA